AUGUCCUUUGGACUCAACAAAUGCAACAUUCUUCAUUCUUCACCUGGCAAGUACCACCACGCCUCGCAGUACCACCACGUCUCACACAACAACCACGCCUCAGACAACAACCACGUCUCGCAGUACCACCACGCCUCGCAGUACCACCACGUCUCGCAGUACCACCACGUCUCACAGUACCACCAUGUCUCACAGUACCACCACUCCUCACACUACCACCACGUCUCACAGUACCACCACGUCUCACAGUACCACCACGUCUCACAGUACCACCACGUCUCACAGUACCACCACGCCUCACAGUACCACCACGUCUCGCAGUACCACCAUGCCUCACAGUACCACCACGUCUCACAGUACCACCACGCCUCACAGUACCACCACGUCUCACAGUACCACCACGUCUCGCGGUACCACCACGUCUCACAGUACCACCACGUCUCACAUUACCACCAUGUCUCACAGUACCACCACGUCUCACAGUACCACCAUGUCUCACAGUACCAUCACGUCUCACAGUACCACCACGUCUUACAGUACCACCACGUCUACCACAGUACCACCAUGCCUCACAGCACCACCACGCCUCACAGUACCACCGUGCCUGACAGUACCACCACGCCUAACAGUACCACAACGACUCACAGUACCACCACGUCUCGCAGUACCACCACGUCUCACAGUACCACCAUGCCUCACAGUACCACCACGCCUCACAGUACCACCACGUCUCACAGUACCACCACGUCUCACAGUACCACCACGCCUCACAGUACCGCCGUGCCUCACAGUACCACCACGCCUCACAGUACCACCACGCCUCACAGUACCGCCACGUCUCACAGUACCACCACGCCUCACAGUACCACCGUGCCUCACAGUACCAUCACUCCUCACAGUACCACCACGUCUCACAGUACCACCACGUCUCACAGUACCACCACGUCUCACAGUACCACCAUGCCUCACAGCACCACCACGCCUCACAGUACCACCGUGCCUGACAGUACCACCACGUCUCACAGCACCACCACGCCUCACACAACCACCACGUCUCACAGUACCACCACGUCUCACAGUACCAUCACGUCUCACAGUACCACCACGCCUCACAGCACCACCACGCCUAACAGUACCACCACGUCUCACAGCACCACCACGCCUCACACAACCACCACGUCUCACAGUACCACCACGUCUCCCAGUACCACCACGUCUACCACAGUACCACCACGUCUCGCGGUACCACCAUGCCUCACAGUACCACCACGCCUCACAGUACCACCACGUCCACCACAGUACCACCACGCCUACCACAGUACCACCAUGUACGCAAAGACAAAUGAGACACGUCCACCAUUUCGAACUUUCCAAAUCCUGAAGUUGAAGAAUGAAGGCUGA